UCAUUUUACUAUAUAGUCAAAGAAUGUCAUUUCACACAAAAUUUUCUGCAAUUGGUAGUUUAUAAAUAAUCCUUUAGGUGUGAAGGUUUCCAAUGGCUCAACGGCGUCGCUUUUACCUCUCAAUUUCAAAGGGGCUUCACGCUUAUGCAAUUCUAAAACCCUCUCCCCCUUUUGCAUCUUUCUCUCAGGCAUUUUAUCAAACACUUUCACUACCUUCUCCUUCAAAGAGUCAUUUUCCACCUCUGAACUUCAAUUUUGAUUUGGAUGAUCCAGCUCUACUGCAAUUCCUCCAAUUGCUCAAAAAGGAUGAUGAACAUUGCAUUUCAUCACUGGAACCAAGUGGAGAUUUGAUAUGUUCUGCAAUUUGGGUUUUAAGGGAAGAUUGGAAACAUGCACUGCGUGCCUUCGAAUUGAAUAGCUCUUGUAAUGAUGAGAAAGCUUGUAACUUGAUGAUUUGGGUUUUGGGAACUCAUGGAAAGUUUUCUACUGCUUGGUCCAUUGUUCGAGAUAUGCAUAGCUCGUCUCUCUCCACGCAUCAGGCUAUGCUUAUUAUCAUUGAUAGAUAUGCAUCUGCAAAUAAUGCUACUAAGGCUAUUGAAACAUUCAACUUUAUGAACAAGUUCAGAUUGACUCCUGAUCAGAAAGCAUUUCGUGCACUUUUGACUGCUCUUUGUAAAUAUGGUAACGUUGAAGAGGCCGAAGAGUUUAUGCUUGUGAACAAGAAUCUGUUUCCGCUUGAAAUUGGGAGCUUCAACAUUAUUCUUAAUGGAUGGUGUAACAUAACAACGGAUGUAUAUGAAGCAAAAAGAGUUUGGAGAGACAUGUUAAAAUACUGUAUAACACCAGAUGCUACUUCAUAUAGCCACAUGAUUUCCUGCUUUUCAAAGGAAGGAAAUCUUUUUGACUCUCUUAGACUAUAUGAUCAGAUGAAGAAAAGGGAUUGGAUCCCGGGGAUAGAGAUCUACAACUCUAUAGUGUAUGUUUUAACUCGUGAGAAUUGUCCGAAGGAAGCUCUCAAGGCUAUAGAUAAGUUGAAGGAACAAGGUUUGCAGCCUGAUUCUGCCACAUUUAACUCCAUGAUAGUGCCUCUUUGUGAAGCUGGAAAACUAGCAAUGGCAAGAAUAGUGUUGAACACAAUGGUAGAGGAGAAUAUUAGUCCAACUGUUGAGACAUACCAUGCAUUUUUUGAAGCAGCAGAUUAUCAUGGAACUUUAGAAUUUCUGAGUAAGAUGAAAGGCUCUGGCCUGAGUCCAAAUAAGGAUUCCUUUCUUAUAAUUCUGGUAAAACUCUUAAAGUUGAAGCAGCCUGUAAAUGCAUUGAAAAUUUGGGACGAAAUGAAGAAACAUGAAGUGGUGCCCACCUGUAUUCAUUAUAGAAAAAUGGUUGAAGGGCUUGUAACAUGCAGGUGGUUCAUAAAAGCCAGGGAUUUUUAUGAGGAGAUGAUCUCAAAUGGAUGUUCAGAAGAUCCAAAGCUUAACAAAAUCCUUCAGAAAGAAGUGCUCGGUAGUGGUGAUAAAAGAAAACAGAAUGUUAAAAAGGCUAAUCGUGAUAAAGUGUGAGAGUUCUGAAAAGUGAUAAGUUGAAACGGAAAAUUCACACAGAGCUGCAUGAUCGGGCCCUUAUACUCACUUGUCUUGAUUAUCUUGCAGUUUGUCAUUCACAAGCAUACGAGGUAAUUUUUCUGGCGGUGUCCUCCUGACAGUUCCUAUAUCUUACAUUAUAGCUUGGUCCAACACUGUAUGUAAUGUGUGAGAGUCCAAUAUUCUCCAGCUGAAUAUAAGUCCAAGAAAACACCUCUUUGACAUAUGAACCCCCAUAGUGAUCCUUACUCUAAACAAUACAAGAUUGGUCCCAUACAAAAUUACAAGUAUUAGGAAUACUUCCAAGUUCCAACCAAACAUUACGACAAAGUUAUCAUAUCUCGGUGCUUGAUGUUUUGACAGUUUGUGCGUAUGUGUAUUAUUGAAUACUCUAUCUGCAUGUUGGUUAAUAUUUUGAAAAAUAUGAAUCUUAGGUUAAUUCACGUAGUGUUAUAAUUUGUGAUACAAUGCAAACAUUAAAGUCAAAACAACAUUUAAGUUGAUGUGCUUAUGUAAGAAAGACAAGUUUCCUUCCAAAUUAUUGUCAUGUGCCAAUGCAAUUAACAUAAACUACAGAUAUUUGA